AUGCGACUCCGUGACCUUCCACAAAUCUUCCACGGCAAGGGUCAUCAACUCUUCAAUAGUUUCAAGCCGUGUUUUGAUGAGCUCUCAAAAGCUAAGUACCUUAUCUUCCCCUCUGCUUAUGAGCUUGAACCAAAAGCGGUCCAGUUUUUCAUUUCCAAGUUUGAUUUCCCGGUCUAUGCCACCGGUCCGUUAAUCCCCUUCCAAGACCUCUCCGUCGGAUAUGACGGCAGCGAACCAGAUUACACUCAGUGGCUUGAUAAGCAACCUGAAAGCUCUGUUCUUUACAUAUCACAAGGGAGUUUUCUUUCGGCCUCGGAAGCUCAGAUGGAGGAAAUAGUGGAUGGAGUGAGAGAGAGCGGAGUCCGGUUCCUUUGGGUGGCUCGUGGUGGCGAGUCGAAGCUGAAGAAGGCUCUUGAAGGUAGCUCGGGGAUAGUAGUGAGCUGGACUGAUCAGCUACGCGUGCUGUGCCACGUAGCUGUCGGAGGAUUUUGGACGCAUUGCGGGUUUAAUUCUACAUUGGAAGGGUUAUAUUCGGGGACACCGAUGCUGGUGUUUCCGUUUGUGUGGGAUCAGAUUCUGAAUGCGAAGAUGAUUGUGGAGGAGUGGAAAGUUGGGGUGAGGUUAGAGGGGAAGAAGACGAAGACGAAGACGAAGACAGAGUUGUUGAUCAAGAAAGAUGAGGUGAAGGAAUUGGUGAAAAAGUUUAUGGAUGGAGAGAGCCAAGAAGGUAAAGAGAUGAGAAGAAGGGCUUCUGAUCUCAGUGAGAUCUGUCGCCGAGCAAAUGAUGAAAAUGGUUCUUCUAAUGUUAACACUGACGCUUUCUUGAACGAUAUUGCCAAGAUCGAGUGA